AUGGACCGGCUGAAGAAAUUCCAGGGGUACUGGUCUCGUGCGUAUGAUGACGACAUACCAGAACGGUUGCUGCGCCGCACACCAUCGGAUGACAACUGGAGGCCAGCGUUCGACGAGGGCGAUCCGAACGACGCGUUGCUCGCCUCUGAGUUUUUGCUGGAAAGCAGCAUUGGUGGACGGGUCCAGUUCCCUGACGGAGACUUAGCGUACAUGAAUGUGGAAUCCCCGAUCUCAAAGGUCUCGAUGGCCUUUGUUAUUGUACGCCACGUUCAAGAUUGA